AUGUUGAUUCUGCAAUCAAGUUUGGCGCAUUUCUUGUGCGCUUUGAGCCUUGUGCCUCUGUGCACAUCGAGCGCGUGCUCCCAUGGCAACACAUCAACAGAUGCCGGAAGCUUCCUGAAUCCGGCGCCAAUUUCGCGUCCGGUGUUCCGGUAUUGGCUUCCCGAUGCAGGUGUGGAUGCUAGCAUUGUCAGGGACGAUAUCAGUGGCGCAGCAUAUGUCGGAGCCGGUGGUAUCGAGCUGCUCCCAUUCUUCGAAUAUGGCGGGCAGCUUGGUGGUAUGCCUGCUGGUACCAAUUGGUCCACCUAUAACUUUGGCACAGCUGCAUUUCACAAUAUUCUAUCAGUUGCACUCGAUGCACACGAGAAACAUGGGCUGAAAAUCGACAUACCACUGGGUCCAAACCAAGGUCAGGGGGUGCCCGCACAUCCAGAUGAUGAAGGUUUGCAAUGGGACUUGGUUCCUUUCAACGAUACAGUUCAAGCCGACGGAUUGUAUACUGGUGUUAUUCCUGGCUGGGGCACAGGCGAACUCGUCGCCCUAGUCUCGGCGUUGGUUACUUCACAUACGACCGUCUCAUACGGAGGAGCCGGAAUCAGCGGUUCAACCAAUGUAACAUACGAGGAUUUAAUACUGUCAGCGGACAGCUUGACUGAGUGGACCGAGCUUGUAUCCGCAGACGGCGUAAUUAACCUCACAUUUCCUGUCGCCGAGACUGGCUCCCAUUACAGAGUCUUCACUUUCUACCAGAGGCUGUCCGGCCAUGGGAAUCUCGUAUUCGACAGCUCAGUCCACAACUCCAUAUUUGACGAUGGGUCAUACGUGGUUGACCACUACUCCGCACGCGGAGCCGAGACCGUUGCCAAGUUCUGGAAGGAACACAUUCUUCAGGACGGCAUCCGCGAGAAACUGAAGAAAGUGGGAAGGUAUCUUUGGGAGGACAGCCCUGAGUUUCUCUCCAAUAUAUCAUGGUCGAGCACCCUGCCCGAAAGGUUUCAGGAGCUCAAUGGCUACAGCAUCAAGCCGGUGCUUCCUUUACUGGCAUACAAACAAAACAGCAUCAGUGAUACCAACGACGCCCCCGGUCCAUUCAACUGCAUUCUCGAUACGGACACUAAGGGUGUAGAACACGUCAACGCGUACCGCAAGACGCUGAGCGAGGGUUACAAGGAGUAUCUAACGGCGCUCAAGUCUUGGAUCAAUGGGGACCUGGGCCUCGAACUGUCUGUCCAACCAGCAUAUGGCCUCCCCAUGGAUAUGGAGGACUCUAUCAGCUCCGUAGAUGCCCCAGAGACCGAGAGCCUUUUUUUCAAAGACUCAAUCGACUCUUACCGCCAAUUUGCGGGGCCGGCACAUCUCUCCGGCAAAAACAUAAUCUCCAACGAGCUCGGCGCCGUCGCCGUGAGGCGUACCGCUAUCACAUCCCCGAUCUGCUGUUCUCCGCUAACCGCGGAUUUGCGUCGGGCGUCAACCGAUAUGUCAUGCACGGCCAGUCGUACACCGGAGCAUAUUUUUCGACCUGGCCCGGUCACACGCCCUUCAACUAUCUAUUCUCAGAGCCUUAUUCACCCCGACAGCCUGCCUGGGAUCACGGAAUGCUAUAUCCAGCAGUCAGGCACCGCCAAAGUAGAUAUUGCGAUAUACAACAAGGAGUCCGCGACCUCAAAGACUCGAAUCGGCUAUAAUUCUUCCGACUUGGUCGAUGCUGGCUGGUCGUACAACUAUCUCAACCCGAAUAAUUUAGAGUCUUCGCAGGCAGUCGUCAAAGAUGGCGUACUUGCAUCCGAUGGGCCGGCCUGGACAGCCUUGAUCGUUGAAUCAGCAGCAAAUAUAUCGCUGAGCGCGGUUGCCUCGCUUAAGCGGCUCGCCAGCGCAGGACUCCCAGUCGUCUUCGUGGGAGACAACUUCAAUCUCUAUCCCGACGGACAGGAUGCGAACUUGACAGUAUUUCAACAAGAGCUCGAGACGUUGCAAAGUUACUCAAAUGUCUACGCCGCCGGAGAAGGAGAGCUCGCCAAUAAAAUCACUGAGCUAGGACUCAGUCCUCGUGUUGGAGUUAGUACGAACGGCACUUGGUAUACAACAUUGCGAGAGCUCAACGCCAGCAGCUACGUCUUUGUGUAUGCUGACUUGGUUGGAUCUCGAGGCAGUGUUAUAGUCAAAGACACCAGAAUGCCAUUCUUUCUCAAUCCAUGGACGGGCGCGCAAAGUCCAGUACUCAUCUAUGAGCGAAGCAACACUACAACAACGAUUCCGUUGAGUCUAUCUGGUAAUCAGACAGUCAUCAUUCUAUUCAGCGACGCAGAGACUUCACAUAACUUCGACUAUCACAUUGUCUCCGUACCCGACAAUGCCGCUUCAGCCACAACAGCCGGCGACGGCACGGUCAGCGUGCAGGUUUCCAAUUCAGCAGCAGACACUGAGGCCACCAUGUCUGAUGGAAGUAUUUGCGCUCUCGGCGGUUCCCACGUUCCGGCAGCUUUCAGCAUUACGAACUGGAACUUGACUGCCGAGCACUGGGCGGCUCCAGCCAACCUCUCCGAAACCUCGCCUACCAGUAAGAGAAACACAACACACUCCCUCCCCGAGCUGCUGUCGUGGGGCGACAUCCCCGAACUAGUCAAUUCGUCUGGUCUAGGCUACUACAGCGCAUCGUUUAUAUGGCCCCCGUUGUCGAAUACGACCAGUGAUGAGACGGCGACUCUUGGCGCGGUUAUCUCCUUUGGCAGACUACUGCACUACGCCCGGGCCAGCAUAAACGGCCAGCCGCUGCCCCCACUAGACGUAACGAACGCCGUUGCUGAUAUCACGCCGUACCUGACCGAGGGCGAGAACAGGGUCGAGGCUGUCGUGCCGACCACCAUGUGGAAUUAUCUCCGGACCAUCCUUGAUGAUCUCAAAAGCGCGGGCCAACCCCCGCUGCUUCUGGAGCUUUCCGGCGUGAUUGGUUCCGAGCCUCUCAAUGCUACUGAUGCAACGGGUCUUGUGGGAGUGGUCUCAGUGACGCCAUAUCUGUCUGUGACUUGUUAA